GCUCCGGCUUUGAAGGCGGAGUUGGGCGUAAUAAAGUCCUCUGAGAACAAGCGGGGGAACCAGUGUUCGAGUCCCAUUCACCGGAAUAAAGAGUCGCUUUUUAUUCCCAUCUACACCGCGGACAGACCUGAGUGUGCGUGCGGGACGGAAGUGGACAUCGGACGGAUCAGCUCUCAUCUCACCUGCGGGAUAAGUGGAACUAACGUCACGUGCAGCUCGGUUCUGUAUCAGUCAAAAUGAAGCACCUCCCCCUGUUUUGCCUGUGUGUGCUGGUGCUGCUGCUCGGCCUUGAGGCCGCACUGCCCCCGACUCCCUCGUAUGGGGAACGGGGCUCAGAUCUUGGCAUACAGGUGUUUCAGCAAGUGGUGCGCUCAAAGCCCCAGGAGAAUGUAGUGUUUUCACCCCAUGGAGUGGCCUCCAUCCUAGGCAUGCUGCUGACUGGAGCCCACGGAGAGACCCGCAAGCAGAUCAUUAGUGGUCUGCGCUACAAAAAAAAUGGUCCUUAUAAGAUGUUGAGGAAACUGCACAAGACCCUGACAGCAAAGUCCAACCAGGAUGCUGUGCUGAUCGCAAAUGGCAUCUUUAGCCAGGAGGGUUUCCCCAUGGAGGAUUCCUUUGUAGCCACCAACAAGGGCAACUUCCAAAGUGAGAGCAGGAGCUUGAACUUCAGCAACCGCGAGGGGGCAGCCAAUGAAAUCAAUGGCUGGGUCAACAAUAAGACCAAAGGUCACAUCUCCAGCCUGAUCAAACCAGACAUGCUGGACUCGGCACUGACCCGUGUGGUCGUUGUCAACUCAAUCUACUUUAAAGGCUUAUGGAAGUCCCGCUUCCAGCCGAUGAACACUAAGAUGAAGCCCUUCAAGGCGGGCGAUGGGAACGUGCUUUCAGUCCCAAUGAUGUCGCAGCUGUCUGUCUUCAACAUAGGCUUGGCCACCACCCCACACGGGCUGAAGUAUAAGAUCAUCGAGCUCCCCUACCAUGGCAACACCAUCAGCAUGAUGAUUGCCCUGCCCUCUGAUGAGGACACAGCUCUGUCCCGCAUCAUCCCACACAUCAGCACAGCCACAGUGCAGGGCUGGAGCAAACUGAUGCACAUGAGGAAGGUCCACCUGGCCAUCCCCAAGUUUACUGCUGAUGCGGAGGUAGAUUUGGAAGCUCCACUUGCAGCACUGGGAAUAAGAGACAUGUUCAGUCAGGACAGAGCUGACUUCAGUCACAUAAGCACUGAGCGUUUGCACGUAUCCAAAGCACUUCAGAAAGCGAAAAUUGUGGUGAAUGAAGACGGAACCAAAGCAGCCGCUGCCACUGCGGCCAUUUUGCUGGCUCGGUCCUCUCCACCCUGGGUGAUGGUGGACAGACCUUUCCUCUUCCUCAUCAGACACAACCCAACAGGUACCAUUCUCUUUAUGGGCCAGAUCAACCAGCCUCGAGCCUAGCCAUCACUGGACAGCCCCUGGUAGUGUCAUAGCAAGCACAAGAAAAAUACUUCUACACUGCCAAGCAUACACACACACACACAC